AUCUCCCCCAUAAUUCUUACUGUAUAUAUAUAAUAAAUAUUUUGUCUUUCGGUCUCCCUCAUCCUUAUUCGUAUGGUUUUUACAUAUGGAGAUUUCCUCUGAUGAUUUUUCUUGUUUGGAGUUAACCAUAGCCAUGCCAGGCUUCUCUUCUUCUCCAUCACCUCAAUCCUAUGGAGAACGCAUGGAAGAAGAAUAUGAGACCCAAAACCCGAGAAAGAAACUUCGACUGACGAAGGAUCAAUCUCGUGUUCUUGAAGAAAGCUUCAGACAAAACCACACCUUGAACCCAAAACAGAAGGAGGGUUUGGCUGAACAAUUGAAGCUUAAGCCACGCCAAGUGGAGGUCUGGUUUCAGAACCGUAGAGCAAGGUGCAUGCGUAUUUCAAUUUUUAUUUACUUAUUUCUAAGUGGCACAAUUUGUCUAAAUCAAUUUGGCAGGAGACUAAAGAAGGAAGUGGAAGAGCUGAGGGGCAUGAACGUAAGGCCCCCCAACAUCUCUCAACAGCAGCCGGCAGCCACCCUCACAAUGUGCCCUCGAUGUGAACGUGUCGCCACCACUUUUCUCGACAAGGGCCCCGCCACCACAACUUCAACUACUCCCACAAAAAUUAUUCAACCCUCUGCUGCUUGUUAGUCGGCAUCUCUAAACGUGGCAAAUUAUAAAGAUCCCUAGAACUGAAUUUUUAGCUAAAGAAUGUUCAUACUAGUAAUAUAAUAUAGUUGUUUUUCGUAUUCCGGAAGACGCACUUUUGGGAUAUUUAUUUUGCAAUAUAUGAAUUCGAGAAUUUAGAAGAAAAAACCAUGGCAGUUCAGUUGGCUACAUAAAUUUGAGAUGAAUUUCUCGUGUC